UGACAAAGCUCGCUCCCUGCAGGCUCUCUCUCUCUCCCUCCCUCCUCCCUCCCUCCCUCCCUCUCUCCUCCCUCCCUCUCUCCCUCCUCCCUCCCUCUCUCCCUCCUCUCCCUCCCUCCUCCCUCCUCCCUCCCUCUCUGGUUCUCAGGUUGAUCCGCAGACUCUCAGACACUCAGCCGCCCUCGGUCCCUCCUCGUCAGUCCGGCCCCGCUUGUUGCCUUCAGAGGACUCUCCCUCUGGACCUGAACCUUGUCGAUAAUGCCCACAAUAAAACUACAGAGCUCUGAUGGAGAAAUCUUCGAGGUGGACGUUGAGAUUGCCAAACAGUCUGUAACCAUAAAGACCAUGUUAGAAGAUUUGGGGAUGGAUGAUGAAGGAGACGAUGAUCCAGUUCCCCUCCCUAAUGUGAACGCUGCCAUCCUCAAGAAGGUGAUUCAGUGGUGCACCCAUCACAAAGAUGACCCCCCUCCUCCUGAGGAUGACGAGAACAAAGAGAAGAGGACGGAUGACAUUCCUGUGUGGGACCAGGAGUUCCUCAAAGUGGACCAAGGCACUUUGUUCGAGCUCAUUCUGGCCGCUAACUACCUGGACAUCAAAGGCCUGUUAGACGUCACCUGUAAGACGGUGGCGAACAUGAUCAAAGGAAAAACCCCGGAGGAGAUCAGGAAGACUUUCAACAUCAAAAAUGAUUUCACAGAGGAGGAGGAGGCCCAGGUACGCAAAGAGAACCAGUGGUGUGAAGAGAAGUAGAGACCCUGCCAACUCUACCACACUGAGGAAGAGGAGGAGGAGGAAGAGGAGGAGGAGGAGUCCCUGCUAACUGGUUGCACUGGCGUUGUUCAUACUUGUCAAUAUUUACAUUUAGUGUAUUUAGAGCCACAUCACCCCCUCUCCAGUCUCUUCAAACAGCAUGACCAUUUUAACCUGCCUGUGUGUCGUCUUAAUUUAAAUAAAGCUUUGGGUUACCACACACGUGUUGUACUUUAGAGUUCAGGUUUCCUUAAAGAUUAGUCACUCCGUUCAUACGCCCCCUUAUUAAUCGCUAUGGUUGUCUUUUUUACUGGACUGUGUUCUUUUAGGUUAACGGAUGAAUAAAAAGGCUUUUUUGACAAUGACAUGGUGAAUAUUCUUUCUGCUCUGUAAAAGCAUCCUUUCUGUAAAACCAUGUGGAGAUCUGAAGGAGUCUGAGUUCUGGACUGAGGGUCCUGGUGUAGAUGGCUUCAACUCGUUCCUGAUUCAUGUUGUAUUGAAUUGGAAACUUCUCAGAGAAGCUUUGAUGCUGGACGUUGGGAUGAUCAAACUUUGAAGGAGUGAAUAAAAAUGUAUAAAAAGGA